AGACGCACGUAGCGUUUCAGAGCAAAACGUCUCUCGAAGUUCGAAAACAAAAAUAACGAAUUAAAAGUUAAGCGGCCAAUUUCGGCCAGACAACAAGAAAAUUAACCGUCCGAUCCAGUAAGGCCAGAAUAAUCCCAAGAGCGGAGCGAAAAAAAGUGAAAGAGAUACGUGUAGGCUACGUGAAGGCGUCGUACAGGCACUAUCGGGCACGACACAACACAGACCUCCAGUGCACUGCAGUUUGUAGCCCGUGACAGUACUACUUUGGCAUCCCAGCAAUUCUCUCCUCUCAAAAUGAAUGUGAACGUAGGUUUUAUCGACGACAGAAACAGCAGCCGUGUCCUGAAACCACCGGGCGGAGGAACCUCAGACAUUUUCGGUACCAGAUACGAAAAACCGGCACCACAAAAGGUUGCGAGCGCCGAAGCUCAAGUUGAAAACAAGGUGGAAGAAGUGUCUAAGGAAAAUGGCAAAAGUGUCGAUGAUACAGUGAAAAAUAAUGAGAAUAAUAAAGAAGCAAAUGGCGAUGUUGCCAAUGAAGAGGUGAAGUCAAAUGGAACGAAAAUAGAAGAAAUCAAAACGGAAGAGGUAACUGUCGAGGAAACUACGGUUGCUGAGCAAAAAAUUGAAGAACUGAAAAUUGAGGAUUCGAAAUCGGAAGAGAAGAGUGAACAAUCAGUCGGGAAGUCGGUCUACAAUAAUAUAAUACAGGAACCAGAUAAUACACCGAAGAAACCUAGUGGAAAGAGAGUACCACCAGGUGGUUUUUCCUCUGGACUUUGGUGAUUAUAUUGUGUUGCCUUUUUUAAUAUGUGUUAAUGGAAAUAUGUUUUUAUUUAUUUGUGAGUAGGGAAUAUUAUAAUUGUAAACCUACAUAAGUGUAUUUAAGUUUAUAAUAAAUGUAUUUGGCUUAAAAUAUUUUA